AUGGUGGAUAAUAUCUCUGGCCCCCACACCCACCUUCUCCUCCAGGACCUCAUCGCCCCCUACACUAAACCCUCCGUCAUGGACGUCAAAAUCGGCUCCCGAACCUGGCACCUCGGUCACUCCGAAGACUACAUCACCAAAUGCCUCAACAAAGACAUAACCACCUCAACCAUUCCCCUCGGCUUCCGACUCACCGGCGUCAAGGACUCCCUCUCCUCCUGGGAACCUUCCAGAACCUUCCUCCAGACUCUCUCCGCCGAGGGCGUCGCCCUGGUCCUCUGUAAAUUCGUCUCCUCCUCCAACUCUGACGAUUCACGUUUCGACCCCGAUCGCGACUUUGCGGCAGAGGUUUUCGACGUCGUCUUGGAACAGUUGGUGGAGCUGAAGGAGUGGUUUGAGGUUCAGAUUUUGUAUCAUUUAUUUUCUGGUGUUCUGUUUUUGUGUUCUGUUCUGGUGUAUGAGAAGGAGAAGGGGAACAACAAUGAAUGA